UGAGAGUGCCCGUGUGUUAUUCUGACGUACCAUCGCGAGUUGGUCUAUCAUGAAGCUGUCAGUAUUGAUACUGACCCUUGCAACUCUAUCAUCCACAUCGGAAAUAUCGAGUGAUGAUUUUUUGAGACGAGCUGCCUCUCAGUUAGAUCGUCUGUCAGUCUACAAACAGAUAAAACGGGACACGAAGAACCAACUUGAGUCGAUUCCGUACGAGAGCUUGCGUACCACGAAUAAAAAUGACAAGAGAAAGGGAGAUAACUUUGAAAUAAAUUCGGACUCAGGGCAAGCUCAAGAGAUACUUCUUAACGAGGAUGCCAUGAGAAGAAUCGAUGAGCUUGCCACCAAUGCUUACAAGCUUUAUAACGACCCCAAUUACGAGGCAAUCAUGCGAGAGAGGAUAAAGAGAUCAGGUAGUGGAGAUUUUAUAUCUGGAAUUGCUGGUUCCGUAUUAAAUGGAGUUACUGGAUUAUCUGGAGGGUCCAGUAGUGGCAGCAGUGGUGGUGGUCAUGCCUACGACUCUUAUGGCGCACCCGUCCAACCUUACGAGAAGCCUUUCAGUAUCUGGGACUUCAAAAAAGCCAUUAUAAACACCGUAAUCCAAGCGGUAAAAGCAAUAGCAGGUAGCGCUAUUGCGUUUAAAGGUCACCUGAUCAAAGGCGGUGGUUUCGUUGUUCAAACCGCCGGAAGAGUUAUUUCUUCGGGAGGCGAAGCCGCAGCUUCUUUAGGCUCACAGUUGGCCAGUAGUGCGCUCAUCGCUCAAUCAUCACCGGUAGCUCACAGCCCACCCACUGGAUACUCUUAUAACCCACCUCAGCAACAUGAUUAUUCGUAUGACGGACCUCCACCAAGUCACGACUCGUAUAGUUCACCCGAGAGUUAUAACAACGGCCAUUAUGACGCUGCCAACGACGGUCCAGGGAAUGAGGCAGGUUUGCUGUUAAUCAAACCAACAAAAUCAACUCAGCCAUUGCUACAUAAUGAAGAUCCACGAAGUAAUGGCGACAGUUAUCAACCACAGCCUGAACACAUGGAUCCUUCAGGUCCAAUGCCGCUUCAAGAAACUUCAACAAAAACCGCUCAAUUGACGAAACUUAUUGGACUGAUCACCGGAACUAUAGGAUCUCCAGUUUACUCUAAUAAUCAUCACACAAAUAAUAAUGAUAAUUAUCAAGUAGAGCACAAAGAUCAAGAUCAACCUACUGCGCAUACUCACGCACUAAAUCACCCGAUCAGUUACCAAACAGGCCAUGAUCAAAAUCAUCAAAGUUCCAGCCAGCCCCAAGACUAUGGAAGCCCGGGAUAUCAAACAGAGUUAGCGCAUCAGCAAAUCCGGUCACUGAUAAAUCCGUAUCUUGGUGUGCCCAUAAAUCCACCGAUGACUUUCAAAGAUCAAAGUUUUGACUACGCGAUGUCUUCGGACGCCUUGAAAAUUCCAAUUUUAAAUCAAAAUAUUAAUCACAAUGAAAUUGAUGCCUUGAUGGCCGCUGGCCCAACGGGCUAUGCAAGCUCUAAUUUCGAAAUAGUCCCGAGUGUCCAGGUCGCUGAUUGGUCGAGGUCAAUUAUGAUUCCUCGACUCAAAAAGUACCAACGUCGUCAUGUUUAUGAAAAUAGCGCAGAUAGAUUUAGAAAUAAAGCAUACAGUAACAAACGUUCAAAAAUAUAUUACAUGUUUUAAAGUAGGGGUAAGACUUUUUUUUUUAGGUAACAAUAUUUUUACACACCUCGAAAUUUUUUUAAUUUUAAUAAAUUGUCGGGAUUCUAGGCCGAUUUAGUUUGAUAUUUAUGCCAGAAAAGUGAAUCCGUACAUCCGCAGUUUAUAUGUCCGUGUGUACGGAAAUGCGAUUUUAGAAAAAGUAUCAAAUUUUGUGACUUUAUUUUUUUGAAACGGUUUUAGGUCAGUGCAGAAUAUGACCUAGUAGCUUGUAGGUAUUUAAUUUUUGUAAUUAUAAUUAAUUAAUUAAUAUGUUUGUGUCAUUUUAGUUUUUUGAGGUGUGCAUUUUCAUGAAAUUAUUUUAAAUAAUUAGUAGUUUGAAUUUUUUGAGUUUUCGAAGUGUAAAAUUAAAAUUUUUUUUAAAAUUUAUGUAAGCGACAAAAAGAGGGUAAAAUGGACUGAAAAAAAUGAAUUUUAAUUUCGAUGAUUGAAAAAUGGCUAUAACUUUUGAAAUUUUCAAUUUAUCAAUUUAUUGCUAAGAACCUUUUUUGUAGCUGGUUAAAUUUUCUACAAAAUUGUCGAAAAACUUUUUUUUGUAGUACCAAUAUCUUGGGGGCAAUACGUAGUUUUUAUAACAACAAAUUUAAUUUUUCUCAAAUUUCAAAUUUAAAAAAAAAUUUUACCGCCAAAACUAUAAAAGUGAUUUUUUGAAAUUUGAAUUUUCAAAAAUUUCUACUGGCUCCAUUUUUCCCUCUUUUUUAAAAAAUGAAAAUACAUUUAUAUUUAUAAUUAAUUAUGUGAAUUGUCAGAGUAGGAAGAUCGAGAUAAUCUCGGCACUGUAAAUAUAUGUAUAUUUUUAUUUUAAAAUACGGAAUUUAAUUUUAAUUAA